AUGACGCCGGAAAUCUUGAACCUAUCUUUGGAAAAUGUCGACUUUCGCCUGCCAACCCAAGUGACAGAUGACAACAGCGUCACAGCCUUGAAGAGUCUCGUCUUCGAACCUCUUCUCCGAUGGCAACCGUACGGCCAUGUCAAACCCGGUCUUUUUGACCGCUGGGAACAUUCUGCCGACGCCCGCAUAUGGCAUUUCCAUAUCCGCAACGAUGCCGUAUUUCACGACGGAAAGUCAUGCACAGCAACCGACAUAGUCAGCUACAUCCUUGGCCUUCUAGACUCACGGGAUUACUUUGGCAUGCGUUGGAGCUACAGCCGCUACUUUGCGCAAACCAAAUUCUCAGCCGAGGACGACCAGACUAUAAAGGUUGUCAGCUCGGAGCCUUUUGCAGACAUUUUGGGUGUGUUCUGCGAGUUCUGGCCAUCACGUCUUGACAAAGAUGGCAAGCCAGUCAUCGGGACCGGUCCUUUUCGUGUGAUUGAGUUUGAGCGCCAAGAUGGCCUCGGAAAAGCAAAGUUGCAGCGGCUCAAUCCAAAUCGACAGAACACUCCACACAUCAUCAUAGCCUCGACAGAGCCGUCUGCAGCUAAAAGACUCCAGCUGCUUCGUGAUGGUGAGGUGGAUGCUGCCCUGAAUCUUGAACGAGUGGAGAGCUUCGAUCUACUGAAUUUUGAUGAUUCAGUCAAAUGGGGGAGGGUUACUAGCACACUCUCAGCCAUUUAUUAUCUCAAUUGUACUGAGGGCAUCUUCACCUCGCCGAAUGCACGUCUUGCUGCCAAUCUCGCUAUCGACAACGAGGCACUAGUCAAGGAGGUCUAUCGUGGGUUUGCAUCACCAUCUGCCACCAUCGUCAGCCCCUUCCAUCUUGGCUUCCCGAAGUCGGAAUUGGAGCCAAUUCCCUAUGAGCCCGCUAGAGCUCGGGAUUUACUCAAAGGCUUAGACACAAGUACGUCGUUGGUGUUGAGGACACCGACCUAUAUGCCAGAACACGCGCAGAAGAUCUCCGAUUUCGUGGCAUCUUCGCUGAGGGCCAUUGGAUUAAAGGUUGAAAUUGAGGUCGAAACUAACCGCCCCGAGUAUGCACGUCAAAUCGGCCUUCAGAAGCAGAUCGGCAGCCUGGCUCUAUUUGAUUCGACACCCAACAGCACAUUCAGGGUACUAGAUGACAAAGUUUCGAGCUCUUCUCAUGCUACUUGGUGGCUCGGAUAUCACGACGACGAGGUCCAGCGAUUGAUCCAUGAGGCGAGAAAUAUGGUGGAGUACGAUGAUCGAGCAACGGUAUAUGCGAAAACAUUGAAGAGGUUACAGGAGAACCCUCCUUGGCUGUAUAUAGCGCAUCCUGAAGUUGUGUGGGCGACGAACCAUGAAGUUGGUUUACAAAUCGGGCAUUCUGGCAUCCUUACACUCGAAUAG